AUGUCAUGGAAGAGCCUAGUCACUUGCUGGAUGAGUUCAACUUGUCGCAGCCUGCGAGGACGGCCCCCUGAGGAACUUAUGGAUGGGUUCCAGGGAGGUAACAGCAGAAGAGCGGCUCGAUGUCUCACAAUGCUGACAGAAUAUUGCUAUUCAGGGCGCAGACUACGUCGGAGUCAGAGCUCGUUCUCGCUUAUCAUGAGAUCGUCCGGGGAGAGUCGGAACGGCGCCUCUGAAAAUACGGUGGACGGCCAGUCCAACCUCAUGAGCUUGACGGCCUGCAUCAAAAUUUGUAGGGCAGCAUGCAAGCUUAGACCGCUCGGGACGCCCCCCUUUUGA